AUGGGCCCCUCCCUGCUCUCCAAGUCUCUGCAGGCCGCGGGCAUCGGCACCUUCGCCACCAUCUGCGGCUUCGCCGUGUGGACGAAGCACUGCCACUUCACGUCGCCGGCGCAGUUCAACCCGGCGACGGAGCCGCUGUUCCGCAGCGCGUGGUUCUCUCGCUUCAACCCGGCCAACCACGAGACCACCUACGACGAGUGCGUGCGCCGCAUCGGCCUGCAGAAGAUCCGGCCCGACUUGCUCGAGGACGCGCGCCGGGGCGGCACCAAGCUCGUCGAGGAGUUUUGUCGGGGCGUGUGGGGUGGGCCUGGCUACACCAUCCAGCGCCUGUACCUGCAGCGCAAGUACCGCAACGACACGACGACGGCGCACCAGCUGUGGACGCCGGAGCAGCUGCGCGAGUCGACGUAUGAACCCGGCACGGAGAUAACGGACCACUUCGUCGUGCUGGACAAGACGCCCACGCGCAUCCUGAUCCGCUGCGGCGACUCGCCCCUGCACAACCCCGACGCGCCGCGGCCCUCGGACGGCCUGUUCGAGAUGUGCGCCAACGUCGACUUCGACCAGGGCGUCGCUGAGUUCCGCCUCAAGAGCAUCUUCUACGUCGGCGAGGGGGAGUGGCCGGCAGCGGACGCCAAGGCAGGGCAGGGCGAGGCCGGUGCUGCUGCUGUGACGCCAACAGAGGGCAAGUGGGAAAAUCGGGGGCCCAUGCAGGGGACCAUGUUCUUCGCGCACAAGUUGUACACCAAGCUGUGGAUGGAGAGUGCGCUGAGAAGGGUCAAGCAGUGA